CUCCCAUCAUUCAAAGGUACUCUCACUUCUUCAAUCAUAGCCGUUUGCCGAAUGCGGAACCACCUCUUCUUCUUUUGGAGGCGUCGUUUACCACUCUAUCACCGUCGUUUUCUCAGUCAUUUCGCGCACGACGACUUAUACGAUCCACCGUUUUCCCGCUCUCCAAAGCCCCACAAAGCGAAGAAGAAAGAGGAGAAAAGGAGGAACAUAGAGAAUGGAGCUCCGAAUAUAAAUGGAGCCCCAAAUGGUCCUUUUAAAUCGGACCUUCCUUUCGACUUCAGAUAUUCUUAUUCGGAGUCUGACCCCUCCAUAAGGCCCAUCAGCUUCCGCGAAUCGCCCAAGUUCUCUCCGUUUGGGCCGGGCCGGCUCGACAGGAAAUGGAGCGGUACUUCUGCUCCUGUUCGGGAGAACGUGGACCGGAAUCGGGUUGAAGAGGAGCGGAAUCGGGUCCUCGGAGCCCCGCUUAAUAAGGAAGAGGUGGCUGAGCUUGUUGAACGCUACCGUCACAGUGACUGUGCCAGGCAAAUCAAUUUAGGGAAGGGGGGAGUCACUCACAACAUGUUGGAUGACAUCCAUAACCAUUGGAAGAAGGCUGAAGCUGUGAGGAUUAAGUGCUUGGGUGUGCCAACUCUUGACAUGGACAAUGUUUGCUUCCACCUUGAGGACAAGUCUGGUGGGAAAAUUAUCUACCGCAACAUUAAUGUACUGCUUCUGUACAGAGGACGAAAAUAUGAUCCCAAGAACCGUCCAGUUGUUCCUCUUAUGCUGUGGAAGCCUUAUGCACCAAUAUAUCCUAGGCUUGUGAAGAAUGUAAUUGACGGUUUGACAUAUGAGGAAACAAAAGAAAUGAGAAACAGGGGAUUGAACUCACAUCCUCUGAUGAAACUUACUAGAAAUGGUGUUUAUGUGAAUGUGGUGGAGCGGGUGAGGGAAGCUUUUACGACUGAGGAGGUUGUGAGACUGGACUGUACCCAUGUGGGUAAAAGUGACUGCAAAAGGAUUGGAGUGAAGCUAAGGGAUUUAGUGCCGUGUGUCCCUCUUUUGUUCAAGGAUGAGCAGAUACUCCUCUGGAGAGGAAAUUUCAAUCAAGAGCAAACUUCAGACUCUCAGACAUGGUCACACAAUUCAGUGUUCUAGAGUAGGCAUCCACUAUGUACACUACUUAUGCCAAAACAGAGAAACCAAAUACAUGGUAUGGAUUGGUGGUUCAUAAGGAGUCAAGUUCUCUCCAUUUU